GUGGACGAUAAUUUUCUCCUUUGCAGCUGCCAUUGCGAGCGUCCUCUAUUACAGCCACAGUUCACUACUGACCUGUCCGAGGAACCAGUUUUUUAUUUCCCAGACACCAUAUCACCCAAGCUGGAAUACUUGGAUCCAUCCAUCUACUCCCGGUGGCUCAAACGACUCACAUAGAGACUGGAACCUUUUCUAUCAUCUCGGUGGAUAUGGACCCUGGGUUGAGGAACUCGAUGGACAUGCCGAGACGCAAAGCAUUAGUCCUCCGGAGGGAUGUGCUGUAAAUCAGGUCCAUAUGAGCGAUAUCCGACAAAAAGUGCUGGAGCUCGUAUGUCACACUCGUCAAUGAUACUAAUGUCCUCGAGAGGGCGUCGACACAAGUAAGGAUGGAAUCUAACAUCCGAUGACCGCAGGCCAUCUCUCACUUCUCAACAGAAUCAGAGACGCGAAUGUCAUUCUGAACGGCUCAUUAUCGUUCCUGAACAACUGGACCUACUUUACCGACGAGCCAUGGAAGGACUUUGACCAAUUGACCAGAACCGGCCCGUACGCAGGCACCCUGCAAGCUUUCAUGACGGGUGUUCGCUUCCUAACCCGGUAUGAGCAUCUCCUACGGCCUGGCCGGAGGACGCGGCUCUGGGCAAGCGACUCGCAGCGCGUCAUUGACACAGCAGCGUACUUUGCGUCUGGUCUUUUCGGUCUGGACUGGGAGAAGACUGGUAAAGCUGUUUUGGAAGUCAUCCCCGAGACAUUCGACCGACAGGCGGAUACCCUCACGCCGGGGGAUACAUGCCUAAGCUAUGUUGAAGACGCCCAGAACGGUCAUGACAACGGCUACACUAUGCUGGCACGGUUCCAGGAUACGUAUAUCCCUGCUAUAGCAGCGCGACUCAUCCUCGAGGAACGAAACGAGGAAAUCGGGCCGUUUACUAAUCUGGAGGUCUGGAGCAUGCAGGAGAUGUGUGGGUUUGAGACUCUUGUACGAGGAUCCAGUCCGUGGUGCAGUGUAUUCAGUCAAAAGGAAUGGGAAUAUUUCGCGUACGCCCGCGACGUGAUUCAUUACUAUCGCGCGGGUCCUGGCAAAUCAUAUGCUGGUGCGAUGGGCUGGCUCUGGCUCAAUGCCACGACAGCCUUAUUGCGUGCUGGUCCUGGGGCUGGCACCAUGUUUUUCAGCUUUGUUCAUGACGGAGAUAUAGCGCCUUUCUCACUGCUCUGGAAAUCCUACAAGACUCAAAAUACGACCCUUAUCUGCCAAUCACACAUGUUGCCGAGGACCGUAACUGGCGUACUUCAUCAGUGAUGCCUAUGGGUGGCAGAAUUGUCAUCGAACGAAUGGCAUGCCCGCCAUCAAUCACGAAUGAUCGGGAUUCUCAUGACGAGACAUUCAUACGAGUCCUCGUCAAUGACAAACCUACGCCUUUACCACAUUGCAAGUCAGGGCCAGGAUUUUCUUGCCCAUUAGGGGAACUUGUCGAUUACGUACAGCGACGGAGACGGGAAGUAGGUGAGUUUAGGGAUGUAUGUGGAUUAGAAGGCGCUGUUGGACACAUUACAUUCUUGAGGCAAGACUAGAUCAUUCAUAGAAAGUCAUGUUGCAACCUCAUACUUGAACUGCC